AUAGGUGUCUUGAAAGCCAUCCUGAGAGAUCAGUAUUCUCUUCCGCAUCUCAGGCUCUACAGUCUCCACAAUCAUCUCUUCAGUGAUCCUUUCAAUCAAGAUGUUGCUUACUUUAUGAACCAUACCGGUUCAGUGUGCAAGGUGAACCCUCGGGAUAAUGGAGUGGAUAUUGAAGACGGCAUUUGGAAGUUCCCUGAUGAAUCAUCAGAAGAGAGGACCUACAAUCCCUCAUUGGUCUUUGCCUCAGAAACUUUGGUCACUGUGUCUAGUGGCCAGGGUGGACUCUACAUCUGUGACACGGGUGACAGAAGCACAUCUACUUCUUGGAAGGAAGUAGUGAAAAUGGAUGCAGCAGAGGUUUUCAAGCCUUCCCACUUGAUAAGCAGUGUUGUUGUGCCAGGGGAAACAAGAGUCAUUGUGGUUGCUAUGUUGCAUGUAGACCCUGCAUCUGAAGUUGCCAACUGGAAUGGGAAGUCUAGCAGUGGCUUCCUCUCUGUUGUCACAGUUGUCAAUAUAGUGGAAGAUGCAUCUGGAAAGUGGGAUUGGAAGAUCGUGGCUCGAUUAGCAAGUCAAGGGGUGUUGGAGUAUGCUGCCUUGGAGCCAUCUGGCAAAGCUCUGGUUGUGGCUGGUGAUCAUGAGCUCUCCUUCUUACUCCCUAAGCAAGAUGAGAAUGGGGAACCCAAGGCCAAAGAAGCUCGUAUGGAAGACCCACCAGUUUAUCACUGGCAGCAGACUACAGAGGACCUGACCGUGGUCUUUAAGCUCCCUCCAGAAACAAAGAAGGAGGAUAUCCAAGUUUUCAUGGACACAAAACAUCUAACCGUGAAACUUACAUCUGUGGAAACUCCAGCACUCAAGGGAGAACUUUGGGGAACAAUCACACCUUCAGACAGCACGUGGACCAUCCAUCCAUCUGAAGGAAGCUGCAAACUAGAGCUCGUUUUGACCAAAGCUGAGACUGGAAUGAUGUGGAUGGAACUGGUCAAAGGAGAUACCCGGGGGGAACAGGUCAUGGAUCCUGCUCUUGUCGAAGCUGUUCAUCAGAGACUUGCUCAUCUCACUUCUGAGACUCUUGUGACAGAUGAGAGUCAGGGGGCUGCAGCAUAUAGCAGUCAGCAGUUGGAAGAAUGCGACGACUUGCCACCCGACACCUCAACGUUGGCUCGUUUUGAUCUCGAGAAAGUGACAGUUUCACACAAGGCCAGUCUGGGGACUCAUCAGUGGCUCUUCAAUGUGCAUUCGGGACCUGGCAAGAUGCCGUGCAUUUGCCUACGUCAUGACGUGGAUGGACUGGUGUGGCAACCUCCUCAAGAGGCCAGCACCAAGCAUGGGUGGCCUGUCAAACACAUUGAGACCUUCAAUGCUCUAGGCUAUGUUCAAGCUUCCAAGGAAAGCAAGAAGUUUGCCCUCAGUGCUCCAAAUUUCUCCUAUGCUGCAAUCUGUGACUCAAAGACCCACAUCUACUUGUACCGCCAACCAUCGGCCUUGGAGAGCGAAUUGCGAAAUCGAAAGACGGGGAAACGUGAAAGUGAAAUUGCAAAGCAGCAAGUCCUGUCAUUGAAGGACAAGAAUUCCAAGAUCCUCUUGCAAACUAAUUUUGGAAUUGUGAACAAUGUAGGUGCAGAUGAGCUCAUAAAGAAGCAGAUGGAAAGGAGUAGUCAGCAUAAAAGUGGCUAG